UAUGCGUACCAACUACCAGCAAUUUUCAACUGGCAUUCUUCUUCAAAUCCCAAGGUCUUCUUGCUGCUGGCCGGUGAGCAUAUGAUAACAAUGAUAGAUCCGUCUCCGUGAACAAAUACAAGAGCCUCAUAGUGUAUCGACCAUAAAUGGCUGAUACAACAGCCCUGAGUUACUGGUUGAAUUGGAGGUUCUUCCUUUGUGCACUAUGGGUCCUCAUAGCUAUCAUAGCAGCUGUGAUAUUAAUACUCAAAUAUGAAGUGUUCAAUAAAAAGAGAUGCCGCCAACGAGAUAAUGAGGCAGACAUUGAACCCAUUGGGAUUUUAUAUGAGGAUGAAACUUGGAGGACCUCUUUGAAAGGAAUGCACCCUGGUUGGCUACUUGCUUACCGAUUAAUUGCUUUCUCUAUACUAUUGGCAUUGCUCAUCUCUAAUUUAGUGAUUGGGGGAGCUAGAGUGCUUUUCUUUUACACUCAGUGGACAUUUGCUUUGGUCACUUUCUAUUUUGGGCUUGCAUCUUCACUCUCCAUUUACGGGUGUUACCAAUAUUGGAAUGAAGUUGGUGAUGACAACAUCAAUCGUGUGGGUUUAGACACAGAACAAGGCACCUUCACAGCUCCCUUAAUAGAACAUAGUUUGGCUUCUCAGCACUUGCCCACGGAACCAAGUAAGCAUGAAGAAAUUAACGUUCGCAAGACUGCUGGCACGUGGGGAUAUUUCUUUCAAAUAGUCUUUCAGAUAUGUGCAGGUUCGGUGGGGCUCACAGAUACUGUAUUUUGGCUAAUAAUCUAUCCAUUUCUUACUCCUUUAACUUACAAGUUAAAUUUUUUAAAUGUUAGUUUGCAUUCGAUCAACGCUGUUCUCCUCCUCAUUGAAGUGAUUCUAAAUCGUCUACGGUUCCCCUUCUUCCGUUUAGCAUACUUUGCUCUAUGGACAUGUACAUUUGUCAUCUUCCAAUGGAUUCUCCAUGCUUGUGUAUCAAUGUGGUGGCCAUAUGCCUUCCUUGACUUAUCAUCUCCAUAUGCUCCCAUCUGGUAUCUUGGAGUGGGAUUAAUUCACCUCCCUGCAUUUGGCAUCUUUGCACUCAUAGUUAUGUGGAAGCAGUUGCUUUUCUCAAGAUUUUCUCAAAAUCUUGUAGCAUGAGGUAAGAAAUAGGGAAAUUGUUUUGUUGGUUGUGAAGCCCAUCAACUUACACCUUUUUCUUCAUGUGGUAAUCAUUUUU